AUGAGCGAAGCCUUUUCACUAGUAAAAAAGCCGCUUGCUGGCUUGAGCAGGGGGGCAAACUCCUUUCUGCUAUUUAGACAGUUCGCGGAGCCUCUACCCCCUCCACCGUCUCCCUCCGCCGCCGCCGCCGCCGUCGCCGCCGAUCGAAGCAUGUCUUUCUCCAAGAUGCCGCUGGUGGAAGCGAACCAAACCCCGGACGCCUCGUCUCUCUCGCUGGACUCCGAAAGAACCCUGUAUCCGUACGUGACGGGCACAUCCGUGGUGGCUUUCAAGUACCGGGAUGGGAUUCUGAUGGCGGCCGACAUGGGAGGAUCUUAUGGAUCCACCUUGAGAUACAAAACUGUCGAGAGAAUAAAGCCUAUUGGAAAACAUUCUCUCCUGGGGGCAAGUGGAGAGAUAAGUGAUUUUCAGGAGAUAUUACGAUAUCUGGAUGAACUGAUUCUUUAUGACAACAUGUGGGAUGAUGGGAAUUCCUUGGGGCCCAAAGAGGUGCAUAAUUACCUUACUCGGGUUAUGUACAAUAGGCGGAACAAGUUCAACCCAUUGUGGAACUCACUGGUUCUAGGUGGAGUUAAGAAUGGACAAAAAUAUCUUGGCAUGGUUAGCAUGAUAGGUGUGAAUUUUGAAGAUAACCAUGUCGCAACUGGGUUUGGCAAUCACCUUGCGCGGCCAAUUCUUCGUGAUGAGUGGAAUGAGGACUUGAGUUUUGAAGAUGGUGUUAAGCUAUUGGAGAAGUGCAUGCGUGUGCUUCUGUAUCGUGACAGAUCUGCAGUUAACAAGCUUCAGAUUGCAAAAAUCACUGAAGAAGGAGCAACACUUUUUCCACCGUACUCUUUGAAAACCUUCUGGGGCUUUGAAGCAUAUAAGAACCCCACUGUUGGUGCAGAAGGAUCAUGGUGAACUUUGAUCUGCAUAUUUGUAUGUUUCUUUAGACCCUGAUCUUGCCAUAUGUUAAUCAUGUGUUGUGACACUUGGAAAAUGUGUUUUUAGAUGUUUCGGAGAGACUUGUUUGUUAGAGAAACUGUUGAUUCUAUUUUCACCCUGAAUGUUAAUUACCCUUUACAAAUUUGUACUUCAGUUCUUAUGGUUACAUCA